AUGGGGAAGAGCCGCGGCAGCAUCGCCUUCUUCACAACCUACCGGCCGACAGUGCCGCUGGACAUCUUCUCGUGCGCUGUCACUCUGCCGUCGCCUGCCCAGCACGACGACGAUCUGCUCCUCACCGACGAUGAGGGGUACCAACAGCAUAUUCUCCACGGCGUGGAGUCAAAACCAAGACGGGGGGAGAAGGUGCACAAGAACCUCUACAUCAUGGAGGACGCUGAAGUUGGGGAGUUCAGUGAAGGCACGGUGAGUCGGCUGACCAAUGGUCCGUGGACCGACACUCACUGCAGCUGGUCGCCCAGGGGUGACUGGAUCGUCUUCUCCUCCUCCCGCGACAAGGCCGCCGGUGCGCCGGAGAAGGACAUCCUGGACCCCGGCUUCUUCGCCGUGUACCUGGUGAAGGCCAGCGACCCCACGGUGGUGGUGCGGGUGAUGCAGAGCUCGGAUACCAUCGUGGGGCAUGUGAACCACCCGAUCACCGGAGCAGAAGUGCCGAUGUUCAGCCCAGACAUGAGGAGCAUCGUUGUGGCUGCCGACCUCACCGCCGUCUCCACGGAGCCCAUCUCGAUGCCGCAAUUCCUGCACUCGGUGAGGCCCUAUGUCCUCGGGCUGCACCAACACUAUGGUGAUAUCUUCUCCAUCGACCUUCGGGACCCGGACGACAUGAGCAAGAACGAGGGCAUCAAGGAAUUACAUCGCAUCACGCACAGUCGCUAUGAGUACGCCACACCAGAGUGGACCAGCAGGUUCGCCAGCGAUGACCCUAAUGGCACCCAGUGGAACAGCAUGCUCGCCGGAAGGACCAACCUCGCUUUUGGGGCGGCGUGUCCGCGGUAAGUGGAAGUUGCUUUCAGU